CCCUCUCCCUCUCUCCUCCUCCCGCAGACGCGGAUGCUCUCGGGCAGCGGUGGCCGCGGUGCGGGGCGGCGGGGGCAUGGCGGCCCCGGACAGCUGCGUGAAGGUGGCGGUGAGGAUCCGUCCCCAGCUGUCCAAAGAGAAAAUCGAGGGAUGUCACAUCUGCACCUCCGUGACACCCGGCGAGCCCCAAGUGCUGCUGGGGAAGGACAAAGCCUUCACCUAUGACUUUGUCUUUGACUUGGACACGUGGCAGGAGCAGAUCUACACAACGUGCGUGGGCAAGCUCAUUGAAGGCUGCUUCGAGGGCUACAAUGCCACUGUGCUGGCGUAUGGCCAGACUGGUGCGGGAAAGACGUACACCAUGGGCACCGGCUUUGACAUGAGCAUCUCCGAGGAUGAGCAGGGCAUCAUCCCGCGGGCCAUCGCCCACCUCUUCAGCGGCAUCGAGGAGCGCAAGCGGGCGGCACAGAGUCAAGGGGCGGCAGCACCCGAGUUCAAAGUCAGUGCCCAGUUCCUGGAGCUCUACAACGAAGAGAUCCUGGACCUGUUUGACAGCACCCGCGACCCAGAUGCACGUCACCGCAAAUCCAACAUCAAAAUCCAUGAGGAUGCCAGCGGGAGCAUCUACACCACGGGGGUCACAUCACGGCUCAUCAGCUCACAGGACGAGCUCAUCCAGUGCCUGAAGCAGGGGGCUCUUUCCCGCACCACUGCCAGCACCCAGAUGAACGUGCAGAGCUCCCGGUCCCAUGCCAUCUUCACCAUUCAUCUGUGCCAGAUGAGAGUGUGUGCCCGCCCAGAGCUGGUGAACGGGGAGGUGAGCGGCCUCCCGGAUGGAGCCCAGCCCACCACCGAGUACGAGACCCUCACAGCCAAGUUUCACUUUGUGGACCUGGCUGGCUCAGAGAGGCUGAAGCGAACGGGCGCUACUGGCGAGAGAGCGAAGGAAGGCAUCUCCAUCAACUGCGGGCUGCUGGCUCUGGGGAAUGUCAUCAGUGCCCUCGGAGACCAGAGCAAGAAAGCUGUGCACGUGCCCUACCGUGACUCCAAGCUCACCCGCCUGCUGCAGGAUUCCCUUGGCGGCAACAGCCAAACCAUUAUGAUCGCCUGUGUGAGCCCAUCCGACCGCGACUUCAUGGAGACCCUGAACACUCUCAAGUAUGCCAACCGGGCUCGCAACAUCAAGAAUAAGGUGGUGGUGAAUCAGGACAAGACAAGUCAGCAGAUCAGUGCCCUGCGGGCUGAGAUCGCCCGUCUGCAGAUGGAGCUGAUGGAGUACAAAGCAGGCAAGCGGGUCAUUGGGGAGGACGGUUCGGAGGGCUACAGCGACCUGUUCCGUGAGAACGCCAUGCUGCAGAAGGAGAACAGCGCCCUACGCAUGCGGGUGAAGGCCAUGCAGGAGGCCAUCGACUCCAUCAACAACAGGGUCACCCAACUCAUGAGCCAGGAGGCCAACCUGAUGCUGGCCAAGGCAGGUGAUAGUAACGAGGCCAUCGGUGCCCUCAUCCAGAACUACAUCCGAGAGAUUGAGGAGCUGAGGACAAAGCUCCUGGAGAGCGAAUCCAUGAACGAGUCUCUGCGUCGCAGCCUCUCGCGCCUCUCUGCCCGUCCCCCCUACUCCGUGGGCUCAUCCCCAGCACCUGGCCUGGGUGGGCUGGGCAGCCCUGCUGUCCCCGUGGAAACUGAGGCCUCUGACGUCCUGCGACGCGCCAAGCAGGACCUGGAGCGCCUGAAGAAGAAGGAGAGGAGGCAGCGGAGGAAAAGCCCAGAGAAGGAAGCAUUUAAGAAGCGGCCAAAGCUGCAGCAGGACAAUGGGGAGGAGACGGACGAGAAUGAAGCAGAAGAGGAGGAGGAGGAGGAGGAACAGGAUGAGAGUGGCUGUGAGGAAGAGGAUGGACGUGAGGAUGAAGAUGAGGACUCAGGCAGUGAAGAGAGCCUGGUGGACUCGGACUCAGAUGCAGAGGAGAAGGCCGUGAAUUUCCAGGCUGACCUUGCAGAUUUGACUUGCGAGAUAGAGAUCAAGCAGAAACUGAUCGAUGAGCUGGAGAACAGCCAACGGCGCCUGCAAACGCUCAAGCACCAGUAUGAGGAGAAGCUGAUCCUGCUGCAGAACAAGAUCCGGGACACACAGCUGGAGCGGGACCGGGUCCUGCAGAACCUCAGCACCAUGGAGUGCUACACAGAGGAGAAAGCCAACAAGAUCAAAGCAGACUAUGAGAAACGGCUGAAGGAGAUGAACAGGGACCUGCAGAAGCUCCAGGCAGCCCAGAAGGAGCAUGCUCGCCUGCUCAAGAACCAGUCUCGCUACGAGCGGGAGCUGAGGAAGCUGCAGGCAGAGGUGGCUGAGAUGAAGAAAGCCAAGGUUGCGCUGAUGAAGCAGAUGCGGGAGGAGCAGCAGCGGAGACGACUGGCAGAGACAAAGAGGAACCGGGAGAUAGCACAGCUCAAGAAGGAGCAGCGCCGGCAGGAGUUUCAGAUCCGGGCUCUGGAGUCUCAGAAGCGGCAGCAGGAAAUUGUGCUGCGGAGGAAAACUCAGGAGGUCUCAGCGCUGCGCCGUCUCGCCAAGCCCAUGUCAGACCGAGUUGCAGGCAGGAUGAGCCAGAAGCCAGCCAUGCUGGACUCUGGUGCAGAGGUCUCAGCCAGCACCACCUCCUCCGAGCCAGAGUCCGGUGCUCGCUCCGUCUCCAGCAUCGUGCGCCAGUGGAACAGGAAAAUCAAUAACUUCCUGGGAGACCCCUCACCUUCUGUCAAUGGGGCUCGGCCAGUCAGGAAGAAGUUCCCCAAGAAGGGAUCAAGCCAGACCUUCAGUAAAGCUGCCCGCCUCAAGUGGCAGUCACUGGAGCGACGCAUCUUCGACAUCGUGAUGCAGAGGAUGACCAUCGUCAACCUGGAGGCUGACAUGGAGAGGCUCAUCAAGAAACGAGAGGAGCUGGCGCUGCUGCAGGAAGCCCUGCUGGGCAAGAGGGCGAAACUGCAGGCGGAGAGCCCUAAGGAGCAGAAGGGGCUGCAGGAGCUGAACGAGGAGAUUGAGGUGCUGGGGGCCAACAUCGACUACAUCAAUGACAGCAUCUCCGACUGCCAGGCUACCAUCAUGCAGAUUGAGGAGACCAAGGAGGAGCUGGACUCCACGGACACUUCGGUGGUGAUUAGCUCCUGCUCCCUGGCUGAAGCUCGGCUCCUGCUGGACAACUUCCUGAAGGCAUCCAUUGACAAGGGCCUGCAGGUGGCACAGAAGGAAGCCCAGAUCCGCCUGCUGGAGGGACGCCUGAAGCAGACGGAUGUGACCGGCUCCUCGCAGAACCACCUCAUCCUGGAUGCCCUGCGGGAGAAGGCCGAGUCGCACCCUGAGCUUCAGGCGCUGAUCCACAACGUCCAGCAAGAGAAUGGCUACACCAGCACAGACGAGGAGGUCUCCGAAUUCAGCUUGGCCUCGGAUGGGAGCAUCUCCCAGUCUUUCAGCAUGAAGGGCUCAGCAAGCCAGGAUGAUUUCAAGUUCAAGGGAGAGCCCAAGCUCUCAGGGCAGAUGAAGGCAGUGUCAGCUGAAUGUCUAGGACCCACGCUGGACAUCUCCACCAAGAACAUCACCAAGUCCUUGGCAUCUCUCAUGGAGAUCAAAGAGGAUGGGAUCAGCUUCUCAAUCCGAGACCCCUAUUACAAGGAGAAGGUGUCGCGCACCGUCAGCCUGCCCACGCGAGGAAGCACUUUUCCCAGACAGUCUCGUGUCUCAGACACAUCGCCUCUCACAAGGAGGAAAUCCUAUGACCGUGGGCAACCUGCUAGGCCUCCAGAUGUUGGCUUCACGCCUCCCUCAUCUCCACCCACGCGCCCACGCAACGACCGCAAUGUCUUCUCUCGUCUCACGAGCAAUCAGAGCCAGGGGUCUGCCUUGGACAAGUCUGAUGACAGCGAUUCCUCUGUCUCGGAGGUGCUGAGGGGCAUCAUUAAUCCAGUGGGUGGCACCAAGAACGCCCGGACAGCCCCGCUGCAGUGCGUCUCCGUGGCAGAAGGACACACCAAGCCUGUGCUCUGCCUGGAUGCCACCGAUGAGCUGCUUUUCACUGGCUCCAAAGACCGGAGCUGUAAGAUGUGGAACCUGGUGACGGGUCAGGAAAUCGCUUCCCUCAAGGGUCACCCAAAUAAUGUCGUUUCCAUCAAGUACUGCAGCCACACGGGGCUGGUGUUCACCGUGUCCACCUCAUACAUCAAAGUGUGGGACAUCCGGGACUCAGCCCGGUGCAUCCGCACCCUCACAUCUUCUGGCCAGGUGAUCUCUGGGGAUGCGUGUGCUGGGACUACCACCCGCACUGUGACCAGCGUGCAGGGGGAGCACCAGAUCAACCAGAUCGCUCUCAACCCCUCUGGCACCACGCUCUAUGCUGCCACUGGUAACUCCGUCCGCAUCUGGGAGCUGAGCAGGCUGCAGCCUGUUGGGAAGCUGACUGGCCACAUCGGGCCUGUGAUGUGUCUCACAGUAAACCAGACGGCAAGCAACCAUGACCUGGUGGUCACAGGCUCCAAAGAUCACUACGUCAAGGUGUUUGAGAUUGCUGAGGGCGUGGUGGGCAAUGUUGGCCCCACUCACAACUUCGAGCCCCCUCACUACGAUGGCAUCGAGUGCCUGGCCAUCCAGGGAGACAUCCUCUUCAGCGGCUCCAGGGACAACGGCAUUAAAAAGUGGGAUCUGGAGCAGCAGGAACUUAUCCAGCAAAUCCCGAAUGCGCACAAAGACUGGGUCUGUGCCCUGGCCUUCAUCCCUGGCCGCCCCAUGGUGCUGAGUGCUUGCCGAGGAGGCAUGAUCAAAGUCUGGAACGUGGAUAACUUCAGCCCAGUUGGGGAGAUCAAGGGGCACGACAGCCCCAUCAAUGCCAUCUGCACCAACUCCAAGCACAUCUUCACUGCCUCCAGCGACCUGACAGUGAAGCUCUGGAGUGGGAGGAGGUUACCCACUGGCUCCAACUAGGAACUACAGAAUGACUGGAAGAUGUGGCAGGAGGGUGAAGGCUGGGCUACAUCUCCCUUGCUACCAAGACCCCAUCGUCUAUGGGAGCUCAGCCCAGGGAUGGGAAUUUUUGUGCCUGACCCGACAGGGUGGAUCAGAUCCAUCUUGCCCCAUCUUUGAGCACUGACAGAUCCCGUGAAGAGGCAGCUCCGCGGAGCACCAUCAGCUCCACCUUCCCUCCUGCUGCAGUUUCUCAGUGGUUUUCCAGUGACCAGGAAAGACUUCAUCUCUCUUCUCACCCACCCCACUGUGCUGCCUGCCGGGUCUGCGAGGGGCUGGAGUCCAGGUGGGCUCCUUCUCAGAGACACACAGUUCCCUCCUGCCACCGCGGCUUCGUGCAGCCUCUGCCUGGAUCUGCUGCUUCUGUCCCCGCUGCCUCCAGGGCUGGUUCCUGCAGGAGCCUUUCUCCAUUCCACAGUCUCAAGGCUAUUGGCUGGGACCAGAGGUCGGGUUGGUUUUUUUUUUUUUUUUCCUUUGGAGACAUAACUUAUGGGACGUCCUCUGUGCUGCGGUGGAUCUGCAGAAGGAUCUUCAAUUGGUUCCAUCCUCCCCUGGCUCCAGCAGCUGGAGCUGAGCAUCUCACCUGGCUCACCCUGAGCUUCUCUGCGGUGCCAUCACGCCACUUCCAGCCCGACCCACUGCGCUUCCCUGCGGCGAUCUCUGAAUUCGGAAUCCCGAUGGUGAUCUCUGCUGACCCUCUGCUCUUCCCAUGUGCCCGCUUUGCUCUGCGGUGGGGCAGGGGAGGGCUUCUCGCCCUCAGCUACGGGAGCAGAUGGGUCAGGAUGGAGAUGGUUGUGCCACAGUGGGGUGAGGAUGGGGUUGGACGCUGGUCCUGCUCGAGUCCCCCUGUGGCCGCACGCCUGAAGGACAAUCCUACAGAGAACGAUCUUGCACGGCUGGAGCCCUGCCGAAGGCUGAAGGCUCAGCCCAGGAGUGCGUCACUCAGGACACAGCCUCUCCAGCUGCCCUGCGCGCUUCUCCCUGGUCUCACACUGGAGCUUUCUUCUUCCUCUCCCGUGGUCCCUUGGGGCAUCCCCUGCUCCAUCCUGCCCUGCCGCGCGCUGGGCUCGUGGGGGAAUGGCCGCGCUGACCCUGGGAGUGGUGUUCUCUCCUCGUGCGCUCUCACUUCACUUUUGUCACUGAAGAAACGUUUGAACUCGGACUGAAGGAUUCCUCUGUGUGAUCCCACUGGUGCUGAACUCGGAUCUCGGUGGAGCUCCAGGAUGUGCCCCGUAAAGCACAGACCAAUUUCCCUCUGCUUUCUGCAGCCCCGUUUUUUUGGGUUUUUUUAGUCACCAGCCCUUGUUCAAACCACUGCAGGCGGGAAUUUCUGCACACCUUGAAACAGGAGCAUCUUUACUGACUUGUUGGAGUCUUUCUUUUAUUGUUCUGGGGAAAAAAAAAGAAGACAUUGCUGUUGGCGUGCACAGGGUGACCCUGCCCAGCACGGGACGGUGACUGCUCCUGCCUCACAGCUGAGCCCUGUGCUGUGUGCGCUGUGGGGCUGGGGGGAGCAGAAAGGUGCAGGGGCCCCAUGGCUGCCCCAUGACAGCGCCGGGAGCUGGAGGCGGUGCUGCCCUCUCAGCCUGAUUUGGAUGGAACUUCCCCGCUCAUCACUCGCGUUUUCUUUGGGCUGUGCGUGUCUGCCAGGUGUACCGUAGGCAUCAGUGUCUGAGUACCUGUGUGGGUUGGUAUUUCCCAUGUGGGAGAGGGACUUCUUGUAUUUUUUUUGGGGGGGGGGAGGGGGGUGUUGAUUUGGUUUAGCUACCUCACGGUGCAAGCUGGGUGCUGUUGUCAUUGAUUUCAUUUUGGGGAUGGGCUGGGGAGCUCGAGGGGUUUUUGUUUGUAUUCCUUUGGCCAUUGCUGUUGUUAUGGUUUUGACACUUGAGUUUGUCCCAAAGACACACGGCCUCACUGCAUCUUGCUGCGUUUCUGAGCCCCUGCUGUUUCCCAGCACUGAGAUUUUCCUCCUGUUGCUGGAGGAUGCUCGGAGCAGGGCUCUGUGGUUUUGCUAUUCGGCACUGGGUUGAUGUGCAGCCUGGAGGUGGUGGUUCCUUUGAAGGACAGAAUGGUCCCUCUGUAGGGCUGAGCUCAGCCUGCGUUCCUGUCUCUGCUCCCACAGAUAUUUGCUGUGGCUGCAAAGAAGCUCUUGACUGGGCGAUGCCAGGCAGAGCACAUUGUUGGAAUGGGCUGGUCCUAGUCCCUGUGUUCCAGAGCCUGCUGUGAUGUGGUAGCAGUGGGCAGCUGGUGCUGUAACAGCCUCUGCCCGAGGUGGUGGCAUGCUGAGAUAAACUGAAUCUCACGCGUUAGAGUUUUCAUCCCCAAAAGGCAGCUCAGUCUAGAUCCUGUCCCAGGCACUGAACAUGACUAGGACAGCCCUCGAGGUUAUCCCCUCCUGGGGCUAGGAAGCUGGCACGGGGCUCUGCCCUGCUCCCCAGCACAGGGGGCUUGGGGGGGCAGCUCUGAGCCAUGCUGUCAGGUGGGGGGCAGGUCCCCUGAAUGCUAAAGCACAAGGUCCCACCCCAUCUGCAGUCCAGCGAGCGUGGCCCUUUGGCCUCUGGUCCUUCAGCUCCUUCCCUUGCUGCUGGCUGCCCAGUCUCUGCCUGUGGGCAGGCACCGGGGGCCCCGGGGCUGCCCUUGCCCAUUUUGCCAUCUGUUCCAGGUCCCAGAGCACAGUGCCUGCAGGCCCUGGAUGGGGCUGUGGGCUUUGGAUACAGAGGGUGAAGAUUAAGGGCUGGGGUGCAGGUGAGGUCCGUCCUUUUGCACUGUGCUGGGUGCUCCCUUGGGGCUCAGGACUUGCACUGCUUUCUUGUGGUCUCUGAGCCUCUCUGCACCUCAUUUUGCUUCUCCCUCGGUGCCUUCGUUUGUGCCAAGCAUGGGGAUGAUAGCUGCUGUCCAGGGAGCUCCUUCCCUUACUGAGAGCUGGGGACGUCUUGUUCCUGGGCUCUGCCUCUUGCUCCUGGAUCUCCUCCUCCCAGCACACACGGGCCAGCUCCAAGCUCUGCUGAGGGCACAGCGCUGCCUGGAACUGAGCUUUGCACAGAAGGGAUGGAGUUGACUCAGGAGCCCAAAUUUUUGGGCCCUCAAACCACUGUGAGCCCACCCAGGGAGCUGCAGCUCUCCUGGCACAAAAGACACGGCUGUAAGGCUGUCCCCAGCCUGGCCAGCUGUGAGAAGCACAAGGGUACGUUGUUCCUCCCCAGCACCUCCAAGCACAGCUGCUUUGGGCUCCUUGCCUCCCGCCUCGGCAGCCGCCCCAGGGUGUCCUCCCAUCCCACGCUGGAUGGGGUCCGGGUACGAUCCCACAGAGCACUUGUCACUCGUCCCCUUGCCUCGCAGCAUGCUCACCGCUGCUUUGCUCCAUCUCGCAGGCAGCAUCUCCCUCCUGCUCCUCCCGUUGUCCCACCAGCCGCUCCUCACACCCCACGGUGCUCCCACUCGAUCUGGGAGGAACCCCAGCACAGUCCCACUCCUCCCAGGCCUUGCCCCCAGCAAAGCAUCGCCCUACGCCUUCCUGCCGCCCCGGGCCUUUGUCCCCAUUCCCAGUGGAACAGCUCUGCCCGGUACCUGCUCCCUGCGCUGCCUGCUCCAUUGCCCGUCCCGCUGCACAGCUGGCACGAGCAGCCGGUGCCUUCCCUUGCCCGGAGCUGUUUGACAGAGGCCAACUCUUGCUCACGAAGGCUUUUUUUUCUCUGCUGGGUUGCGCAGCCCAGCGCUGCGGUCUGGGUUUGUCAGAGGACAAGGUGUGUACAAAUAUUUUAUACCUCGAUGUGUUCCUGUAAAUAGUGUAACUUAUUUCAGUCUCACGCUGUACAUGUUUGUUUGUUUGUUUUUCCGAUGGAUGUGUUUGUUCCUUGCCUCUUUGUCUUCACAAAUAAAGCGUACUGAAACGAA